UUAAGUUUCACAUAUGAGUUUAAUGAACAAUUAGAAAACGCUUUGAUUAAAAAACAUUUGGACCAAAUACACCUAGGAUUCGAGAGCUUAGAAAUAAUGUUCAGAUGGUGUUUCUGAAUACGUAUGAAUUUUUGGAUUUUUCAAGAUCUGUUCCUAACUCCGUAGUAUAUACUGGAGGCAUGCAUCUUCAAGAACCUAAGCCGCUGCCGGAAGUAAAUUUGAGAAGUUAUAUUGAAAAUGCGACCAAUGGCGUAGUCUACAUGAGCUUGGGUUCGAAGUGUGAAUCUUCAGAUCUGCCCAAGGAAACGCUACAAUAUACAGGUCAUCCAAACGUCAAGGCGUUCAUAACGCACGCCGGGCUGCGGUCGACCGAUGAGGCAAUAGCCGCAGGGGUACCACUUAUUGGGCUACCGCUACUUGUCGAUCAGUUUACAAACGCACACAACUACGUAUUACACGAUAUAGGAGUUCAAUUGGAUAUUACGACCCUUUAUUGA